UGUACAUACAUUACUUCUGUCAGAUCUGCAGUUAAAAAGGCUCGGCGGCUGAAAUAGUUGAACUGUGCACGUAUCUUCGCCGGGCCGCGCUAUCUACUGACCAUGCCUGCUUCUAUGCUCAUGCACAUGCCCAAGGGCUUAGCCAAGCAGCCCGCGCAGGCCUGCCAGCGCCCCGCGCAAAAGCUUCUGCGGUCGCGAGUCGCUCCGGUCGCUCGUGCAAGCGCCCAGGAUGGCCAGCACCGUGCUGUGUCGUCGCAGCAAGCCCCGAAAUGGAUCGCCCCGUCGUGGCUGAAGACGGGCCUCAUGGCCGGCGCCUGCCUGCUGGUGGGCCUCAGCAACAGCGGACCCGCCUACGCGGCUAAGAAGGAGAAGGAGGCCAAGGCCGCGGCCACGACGGCGGUGGUGGAGACCAAGGAGGCGGCGGCGGCCGGCAGCAGCAGCAGCACGGGCGCGGUGGUGGCGGUGGACUUCCAGCAGAUCGUCAAGGACGUGCAGGCCUCGCCGUACACCGUGCCCGUGGCCACCGUGGUGCUGCUGCUGUUCGGCAUCAGCAUCCUCACCGGCGGCAAGAAGGAGCAGCAGCCCGCAGCCGGCAAGGCGGCGCCCGCGGCGGCGGAGCCGCCCGCCGCCGCCGCGCCGCCGGCGCCGCCCAAGGAGAAGUUGGUGGUCCAGGACCGCCCCAUGAACAUUGGCCUCUCCCCCAAGAUGGAGCUGCCCAAGGCAUCCACCGACGCCACCGUCGCCCGCGCCGCCGCCGCUGCGGCCGCGGCGUCGGCGGCGCCUGCGGCGCCCGCUCCCGCCAAGGCGGCGGCGGCUCCGCCGCCGCCCCCACCGGCGGCAGCCCCGGCGCCGCCCAAGCCGGCGGCGGCUGCCCCCGCGCCGCCGAAGGCGGAGGCGCCCAAGCCUGCUCCCGCUCCCGCCCCGGCUCCGGCCAAGCCGGCUGCUGCCGCCGCCCCCGCUGCUGCUCCCGCCGCUGCCCCCGCCGCUGCCGCCGCUGCGCCAGUGAAGGACGACCGGCCCAGCGCCAAGGACUGGAUCUCCAGCUGGCGCCUGGGGCAGAAGCAGGCCGAGCCUGCCAAGGCGGCGCCUGCCCCCGCGCCUGCCCCCGCGUCUGUCGCCGCUCCCGCUGCCGCUCCCGCUGCCGCUCCUGCUGCCGCUCCCGUUGCCGCUGCCGCUCCCGCCCCCGCGGCUGCCAAGCCGGCUGCGGCUGCGCCGCUGCCGACUGCUGCGGAGCUGCUCAAGCUGAGCGGCAACACGCCGUCGGCGCUGGGCGCCGCGGCCAAGGUGGCUCCGGCCGUGGCCAAGGAGGGGUACGUGGUGUACAAGUUUGCCGGCGAGAAUGGCGUCAUGAGCCGCCAGCCCAUCUCCAGCCUGACCUCCGCUGCCUCCGCCGCUGCCUCCGCCGCCACGGCCUCCGCCGCUGCUAAGCCCAACGGUCGUGGCCCCUUUGACAGCUCCGAGAGCGACGACGACUUUCACGUGGCGGCCGCCGCCGCCGGCGGCAAGCCCACCGCAAGCGCCGGCAAGGCGCCCGCCGGCGCCGCGGCGGCGGCCGCCGCCGCCAAGUCGGCGGCGUCGGCCGGGCCCGUCUCGCCGCCGAGCAAGGCCAGCGGCAGCGCGCCCGCCGCCGCCGGCGCCUCUGGCGCCUCCGCCGCGCCGUCCAAGCCCGCCGCCGUCAAGGCGUCGAGCGUGUCCGCCUCGGCUUCCAGCCUGGGCCGCAGCGGCGGCUCGCCUUCGCGCGCCGCCGACCCGAUUGUGAUGACGGCGGCGGUGGUGGUGGGCGCCGCCAAGCAGAUGAGGGGCUUUGGCGCCUUUGUGAGCGACGGCCUGGUGCCGGCCAUGGGCGCGCUGAUGAAGACCAGCGGUGGCAGUGGCUCGUCCAAGGACAACAAGCCCGCGGGCAGCCAGUAAGGAUAAGGCCGAGGAUAAGGAUAAGGAAGCAAAGGAGGGCGGCGGGACAUGGGGAGAGGGAGCGUGUGUUUGUGUUGGUGGGCGUUUGCCGGCCAGGGAUGGGUGCGCCAGUGGUCAGACGCGGGCGGGCGAGCGGGCAGUAGUAAGCUGAAGGAGGGGAAGGCAGGGCCCGCGUGCUCGGCACGAAUGGCCAUUUGUAGGGUGGCGAGAGAUGGGAGGCGAUGGGCGUCAAACGAUGCCGCACACAUGAGCGCGCACGCGCUGCAAGUGGGCUGCUUUGCGCGGGAUGAGCUGGGGGCAGGAGUUAAUGCGGCGCGUGCGUGGGGGCCGCACACCUUGGCGGCACACGGGAUGCCUGGGGGCAACACACACGGUUGCCCUAUCCCCUGACGGUCCAAACAAAACACGGUGGCUCGAAAGGACGUCCGAACGUAAAUCUUCGUUGCUUGUUGUGGUGGUGGCCGGGCGCGGGGCGCCCCGCGCCCGUUUGUUUUGUGGUGAUGGUGUGCUUUAUAUACAUAGCUCUUGCUUAUAAGGAAAGGUGCUGCGCCUGCGAGCGUGCGGGCACAGGGCAAGCCGAGACAUGCGCCGCGGCUUUGGCGGUCAUGGCAGGGAGAGGCAGUGAUGAUGGCACACAGAGAUCGGGACUUUGGGAUGCUUUUCACGCUCCCAUGCGAGAGAGGCUGGUUGCUAAUGACGAUGUUCUUCCUUGGCUUACAGAUGGAUUGAGGCAGCGCCGUUUUCACGAGGGUGGGGCUGAUGACAUUUUGCUGUUGCAGCACGUCGCACGAUUUUGGGAAACAGGAUUACGGGUAAUGCACGGUACCUCGUUGCGGUUUAAUGGACGCUUGGUCCGGUGGGGGCGCAGCAUGGCAUUUUACGAUACGGUAGCGUAUGCACCGCUGCCAACACCGACACAGGUCACUCACUGGCAUAUGAUGAGUGGUGCCGCUUAAGACAGCUGUGGUACUGCAGGAGUGGCUCGCUGCGGCGCGUCGCGCUCGCCGAGACGCGGUGUGGGAUUUGGUCGACGACCUUCCCGUGGGUUCAUCGGAUUGGGAGUAGGGGCGCUGUGGUGUGCGCAGUACACAUGCAUUCUUCGUUUUGGGCGACCGACUGAAGGCGGUGGGCGGGAUGCGGAAGCCUUCGCGGCAGUGAUACGUACAUGGGUUGUCAAUGCUGUGAUGCUGUGGGCUGGGCCUGUUACAGAAGUGCGGUGGUCACGACACGCGGGUGUGGCGAAGGGGCGCGAGUAGAUACUGCGGCUGAGUUGCUGCGAGCACGUGUAACGUGCGUGGGUA